AUGCUGAAAAUGCUGAUAUUUUUGGGAUUUUUUAUUGAUUUCUGGUAAGUUUUUUUAGGGGGAAAUUGGAAAUUUGGGCAUAGCUUCCGCUGAAAUUCCAAUAAAAAUCUGAAAAUGCUGGAAUUUUCAGCACAAAUCAUGGGACGAUUCAGAAACUAGUUUAUAGUUACUAAAUUGUCCCAUAAUUUGUGCUGAAAAUUCCAGUUUUCAGAUUUUUAUCAGAAAUUUCAGAAAAUCACAUGGAAGGGGUUUUCGAGCGGAGCGAGUGUAAACCGGAAAAUUCCGCGUAAGCGGCACUAUCUUCCGCUUUAGCGGCCACGCGGAACCAUAGUAGUGAAGAUUUUCCACGUCAUAGCAAUCCACGUGGCCGCUAAAGCGGAAGAUAGUGCCGCUGACGCGGAAGCUUGCGGUUUACACUCGCUCCGCUCGAAUUUUGGGCAUAGCUUCCGCAUCCCUGCUGAAAUUCCAAUAAAAAUCUGAAAAUGCUGGAAUUUUCAGCACAAGCGAUUCAGUGACUAUAAACAAGUUCCUGAAUCGUCCCAUAGUUUGUGCUGGAAAUUCCAGUUUUCAGAUUUUUAUCAGAUAUUUCAGAAAUUCCAUAUUUUCAGGCACAUUUUCACAAGAUGAUUCAACAACAAUCAAAUGCGGUGUUCAUGCCAACAAUUCCGAGUUAGCCGAAGCCAGAUCGUGGCAAGAACCAUCGAGUUUUGUGGUGAGUUUGGCUAACUAAGGUUGAAAUUCACGAAAUUUGGGCAAAACUAGGCUAAAAUUCAUGAUUUUCAGCCUAUUUUAAGCUAAAAUUCAUGAUUUUCAGCCUAUUUUCAGCACAAAAUCCUCAUUUCCAGAUGUCUGAUCAUCGGUUAAUUGGUGGUGCUGAAACUAAACCACAUGCUUGGCCGUGGGCAGUUCAAUUACUCGCCAAUGGACAUCAUAGAUGUGGCGGGAGUUUGGUGGAUUCGAAUUUUGUUGUCACCGCCGCGCAUUGUUUUGCAAGAAAGUGAGACUUAACAUGAGCAAUGCCCCUUUCUUAUAAUAAUAUUAAUAUUUCUAGCCGCCGCCCAUCAUCCUACUCUGUCCGCAUCGGCGGACACAUUUCCGGAAGCGGUUCCGCGCACCGUGUAACCGCUAUCUCAAUUCAUCCAUUUUACAAUUUGGGUUGGCCGAGUUCCAAUGAUUUUGCGAUUAUGAGGUAACCCAUGUCCAGGCCAGAUUUUCAGCCAAAAUUUUCAAAUUCAGAAUUUUCCCGCCUGUCAAAAUGUCGGCGACAACUCGGCCGAUUUGUUUGCCGAGCGGCGGACCGAUUGAGAAUCGGCUUUGUGUGGUUACAGGUGAGCGGAAGCGCGGAAAAUUGGAAAUUUGGGCAUAGCUUCCGCAUCUCUGCUGAAAUUCCGAUAAAAAUCUGAAAAAUUCUGGAAUUUUCAGCACAUGUUAUGGGACGAUUGAACUGAAUUGCCCUAUAAUUUGUGCUGGAAAUUCCAGUUUUCAGAUUUUUAUCAGACAUUUCAGAAUAGAACUCGGAAGGGGUUUUCGAGCGGAGCGAGUGUGAACCGGAAAAUUCCGCAAAGCGGCCAAGUUAGGCUAACAUGCACCGUAAGUGGCCGCUAAAGCGGAAGAUAGUGCCGCUUCGCGGAAUCUAGCGGUUUACACUCGCUCCGCUCGAAUUUUGGGCAUAGCUUCCGCAUCUCCGCUGAAAUUCCAAUAAAAAUCUGAAAAAUGCUGGAAUUUUCAGCACAAACUAAGUAUGGGAUGAUUCAGGAACUACAUAAAGUAGUUCUUGAAUCGUCUCAUGUUCAAUUUGUGCUGGAAAUUCUAGAUUUUCAGAUUUUUAUCGGAUAUUUCAGAAAUCGGACUUGGAACGGGAGAAAAUUGUGAGAACUUUUACAAUUUUUAAAUUUUUUGAGAAAUCAAUAUAUUUCAGGCUGGGGUUCAAUGCGUGAAGGAAGUGUAGCAUGGGCUCCAAAGUUACGCGAAAUCCACGUUCCCAUCAUCCCAACCCUAUUCUGUAAUAAUCUUCCGAGUUAUGCCGGAAGAAUACAUUUGCCAUCAAUGUUGUGCGCUGGUUAUAGUUAUGGACAAAUUGAUUCGUGUCAGGUAAUGGGUCUUGGGUGGAAUUUAGAGGGAUUUUGGCGGGAAAAUUGAAUUUUUCGUGGUUUUUAUGCUCCAGGAGCAUUAUAUUUCACGUUUUAACGAAAUUUCGACCAAAAUUCACUUCUAGACCUAGAUUUCACUAAUUUUCAGCUGAAAAUAUGAAAUUUUCAGCCCUGAGCACGGGGUUUCACUAAUUUUCAUCUAAAAAUCGCUUCUAGACCAAAAAUUUAGUCAAAACAGGCCAUUUUUCACUCCGAAACCUGAAUUUUAGCCUAAUUUUCACUAACCUAGUAGUUUAUUGAUUUUUUGACGAGUAUUUAGUCUAGACGAAUAAAAUAGAAAUGACUAAUCUACCUAGAGAAAGGUUCACGUGGAGAUUUACGUGAAAUCUCCUUUUUCCCAUCAAAAUUCAUCAUUUCUAGCCUAAUUUCCCCGAAUUUCAGGGUGAUUCUGGUGGUCCGUUGAUGUGUGCGCGAGAUGGACAUUGGGAACUGACUGGAAUUGUGAGUUGGGGAAUUGGAUGUGGUCGACCUGGACAUCCGGGUGUUUAUGCGAAUGUUCAUUCGGCGUUGACUUGGAUACAAAUUGAGAUGAUUCGAAUGAGUAUUUAG